CUAGCUCUCUCGCCGUCCUCUCAGUGGUAGCGCGGGGACUCGCUGAGAGCGGGCACCGGAGCUUGUCGGGCGUGGUUACGGGUUCUUGUCGAACCCGGGCGGAGGACCUCGCGCUAAGGCGGAAAGGGCCGUGGUGACUCUAGGAGGGAAGGAGCGGGAGCGUGGAGACGGGUCCCUGGAUAGGACCGGCACUCGGGCCGUGUUACGGAGGCCGGGUGAUCAGCGCAUGGCUUGUUAGAAAGAGAUCACUCAACAGAAUUAAACAGGAAAUUUGCUAGAAUCAAGAAUGAUGGAUCCGUGUUCAGUUGGAGUCCAACUUCGUACCACAAAUGAGUGCCAUAAAACCUACUAUACUCGUCACACAGGUUUCAAGACUUUGCAAGAAUUGUCAUCAAAUGAUAUGCUUUUACUUCAACUCAGAACUGGAAUGACACUUUCUGGGAACAAUACAAUAUGUUUUCAUCAUGCAAAAAUUUACAUUGACAGAUUUGAGGACUUGCAGAAGUCAUGUUGUGACCCCUUUAACAUACACAAAAAACUAGCCAAAAAAAAUUUGCAUGUAAUUGACUUAGAUGAUGCCACUUUUCUGAGUGCAAAAUUUGGCAGACAGCUUGUACCUGGUUGGAAGCUUUGUCCAAAAUGUACACAGAUAAUCAAUGGAAGUGUGGAUGUUGAUUCUGAGGAACGGCAGAGAAGAAAACCUGAUUCAGAUGGAAGAACUGCUAAAGCUUUGAAGUCAUUACAAUUUGCAAACCCAGGAAAGCAAACUGAAUUUGCUCCGGAAACUGGUAAAAGAGAAAAAAGAAGGCUUACCAAAAAUGCAGCCUCUGGUUCAGACAGACAAGUGAUACCAGCUAAGAGCAAGGUCUAUGACAGCCAGGGUCUUCUGAUCUUCAGUGGAAUGGAUCUCUGUGACUGCCUUGAUGAAGAUUGCUUAGGGUGUUUCUAUGCGUGUCCUGCCUGUGGCUCUACCAAGUGUGGAGCAGAAUGCCGCUGUGACCGCAAGUGGCUCUACGAGCAAAUCGAAAUCGAAGGAGGAGAAAUUAUUCAUAAUAAACAUGUUGGAUAAUUUGCGCUAUCAAUUUAUGGGAUCUUUAAAGUACUUCCUCUGUUUCUAAAAUUAUGUCAUUCUUACAUUUUUAAGUUGAUUACCAGAUGAUAGAAAUUUGAAAACCACCUCAACAUGCACUCAAUGUGCACUAAUACUGUAAAUUUAGAUACGCUAUUUCAGCAGUCACUUGAAGCCUGUCUGCCUGGGUCAAUGUAAACAAGUAAGAUAUAGGCAGGCCUCAGUUUGCACAAUUUGCAUACCCACAAAUUUCGAUGACAAUGAUUUUGUUAACACCAGUUCCCUAACAGCCUGCUCAAAUUUCCGUUACCACACUAUACUAACUCUGAGUAAUUACAUGACGUACAAAUUUGCGAGCUCUUCAGUCCACUCCGAGUAACAGAUGUUUUUCGUGAUCAAUGGCCAAUCACUACUUUUCUCAUUCUGCUGGAGGUUGGUUGCUGCACAUCUGUUAAUCAGUUUGUUCACAGACAGCAAAGCAUAUAGGUGUAUUAUUUCCUUGUCCCGCAUGGGACAUCUUACAAAAGUAGAUAAUGAAAAGAAUGGGCAAAGAACUGAAAAAUGAUAAUGCCAGAAGUAAGAUUGGAGUCAAACAUUACUGGAGUUGUAGAAGAAACUGCCGAUAAUGGGAAUGUUGACACUACUUUUCUAGAGCCUCUAGGUUUGCCGCCAAAGGAAUGUAAGUGCAUGUGAUGAAAAGGGUGACUGUGUCCCAGAGGAAGUGAUGGUAAAGAAACUUCACGUUAAAGGAAAUUACAGAAAUAUUUUACAGCAUUGGCAGUACAAAUGAUGAAAUAGUGGAAAGUCAUCCAAACUUAAAGUAUGGCAAUGUGCCGUGGUAUAAGUUAUUUGACAAAAAAGGCAAGCACUGUUCAAACUACUCUUGUUUUUUUACAAUGAAAUAAAACUAAUUUUCAGUCUUUCUAAUGUUUUAAAUUACAGUAUACUAAAUCAAUACUUUUUUACAAUUUUUUUAUUUACAUUUUAACUGAACAAUAAUUUUUCCCAUUGAUUAUAAAGAAAGGUUUCUUUGAAUAGCCAGUUUUUAUGGUCCUAUACUGUCAACGCAAUGCAUGGACUGCCUGUAGCUGAGAACAGUACCCACUUGAGGAAAAAUUAAUUUUGGUACAGCUAAGUAGUUGAGCGUUAAGUUAUUUGGAGAAUAAUCUACAUAUCUGUUAAAGUAUGCCAUUUCUUCUUCCCACUUAAGCUCUUCAAAAAGUUUACUCUAAACGUUCAUUGUUUAGACAAUGUAUUCUUGAAAUAUGUUCUUUGUGGAAACAAUCUUACUCUAUGUAUAAAGCACAAAUAUAUAUAAAUAUAUAAACAAUACUGAUUAGGAAUAAAAGGACUAAAAAAAAGACUCCUUACAGGAGUAAUAAUAAGAAAAGGUGGAGAAACACUGGUUGAAACUAAAUUAUUUAAAAAUUGAAACGAUGUUGGAAUUUGAGUAUUUGGAGAACGAGAGUGGAUGUAAUUUCUCUCUGCCUUUUAUAAACAGCUACCUGUUAUUCUAAAAUCUUCCAUCAUCUAGGAUACUGCCACUAAACUAGGUUUUUUUGUCUUUCCUAAAAAUUGUACUUAGUUUAAUCAAAUGAGCUUUAAACAACUUGAAAUAUAUUUUAGCCAUUGAAACUAUAAAUUUGUACAGCCAGUUUUAUUGACCAAUAGAGGUUUAUUUUUACUUCUGUACAAUUUUAGUACCUCUAAAAGACUGGUUUUAGUUGACUGGCAUGCCAUUUUCAACCACAAAAUUAAGUGUCAUUUUUAAGUUAAAAUUGUUCACUGACCUAUUAUCAGAAGUACAGUUAUCAGUUCCUUGAUUUAUAUGUUUCAACAGAGCACUGGCAAAAAAGAAUAUUUUAGCUUUACAUAAUAAAGUCAGAUGGUAGAUUUCUGAAUUAAGGAAACACUUUCUUAGAAGGGACUUAAACAUAGACUCCAAUUUUACCUGAACUUCUAGGAUCAUUAGAACUUCUUAAUUGCAUUACUAUUACCAUUUUUGUUGCUUCUAAUUGUUAUUUAGUAUAUUACUUAGGCUCUUCAUAGGGACAGAUUAAAAUCUUAGAGAUUUUUUUUGUUUAAAAUGAGUAUCUUUUCAACAGAAUAAAUGACUUUAAAAUUCAAAUUGUUAUAUUUCAGCAUUACUUAGAACAUUUUGUGUUAUUUUUCAAAGAAAAUUUCUUGGAUAGCAGUUAUGCUAAUAAUUUGUGUAUUAUGCUUAUUUAGGAGACCAAAUUUUUAGUGAGCAUGCAAAAGGUUUAUAGAGAAAUACCUGAUUUAGAGUAGAUUGUUAAU